AUUAGUUACACACAAUCUCUCUCUCUCUCUCUCUCUCUCUGUGUUUUGACUCUUCUUCUCCCCCCUCCCCAUCUAUCUCCCUCCAUUAACCUACCUCCAUUUCAAUUUUGUUUGCUUAUUAAUCAUCCAUCGUCAAUCAUCAAAGCCUGGAUCUUUUAAAGUCACCCAUUCAAACAACUCCUCCUUCUCCUUCUCCUCCUUCCUUCCAAGAAACCGCACAAAUGAAAAGCCCCAAUAUCCAAUCCAAUAUUAUUUAUAAUAAUAAAAAUAAAUAAAUAAAGUUCAACUCAGAGAAAGCCCCUCCGCCCUCCCUCUUGAAUCUUCUUCCCAGAGCCAGACCCAAACCCUAGAUUGCCCUCCCAUACUGAAAGAAAUCUAGGGCCUUUCGUCGCACCCAAUGUCACAGAUGAUGCAAAUGUCCCACCACGAUGACAUCCCAUCGACGCCCGGCAAGUUCAAGAUGGAGAAAUCGCCAUACAUUCACAGAUUAAGGUGGCAUUCUUCUCUCGCCAAGCUCACCUUCUGGUCCUUCGUCUUCCUGGGCUUGAUCUUCGUCUUCUUCUUCAGAUCACCCUCGAAUUCCUCCACUCUUUCUUCUGAUCUCUCUCGCAGAUCGCUCCGGACCUAUUCCUGGGGCGGCCAAGCCUGGGAAAAGCGGGUCCGGUCGUCGGCCAGGAUCCGGUCCCGGAACGGCAACUGCGUGCUCGUCACCGGCGCCGCCGGCUUCGUCGGCACCCACGUUUCCGCCGCCCUGAAGCGCCGCGGCGACGGCGUCCUCGGGCUUGACAAUUUCAACGACUACUACGACCCGUCGCUGAAGCGGGCCCGGCAAGCCCUCUUGGAGCGGUCGGGAGUGUUCAUUGUGGAAGGCGACAUCAACGACAUUGCCCUGCUGAAGAAGCUUUUCGAGGUUGUGGCAUUCACCCAUGUGAUGCAUUUGGCCGCCCAAGCUGGAGUGAGGUACGCCAUGGAAAAUCCCAGCUCUUAUGUUCAUAGCAAUAUUGCUGGUCUUGUUAAUGUUCUUGAAGUCUGUAAAUCUGCAAAUCCACAGCCUGCAAUUGUGUGGGCGUCUUCUAGUUCUGUGUAUGGACUUAACACAAAGGUACCCUUUUCGGAAAAGGAUCGCACCGACCAGCCUGCAAGCCUCUAUGCUGCAACCAAGAAGGCUGGGGAAGAAAUUGCACACACUUAUAAUCAUAUAUAUGGGCUUUCCAUUACUGGGUUAAGGUUCUUUACUGUUUAUGGCCCUUGGGGAAGGCCGGAUAUGGCUUACUUCUUCUUUACAAAGGAUAUAUUGAAAGGGAAGUCAAUACCGAUCUUUGAGGGGCCUAAUCAUGGGACUGUGGCCCGGGAUUUUACCUACAUUGAUGAUAUUGUGAAGGGUUGUUUGGCGGCGUUGGACACUGCAGAGAAGAGUACUGGCAGUGGGGGGAAGAAGACGGGGCCUGCUCAAUUGCGGGUUUUUAAUUUGGGAAAUACUUCGCCAGUGCCAGUUUCGGAUCUUGUCAGCAUUUUGGAGAGGCUUCUGAAGGUGAAGGCCAAAAGGUUGAUUAUGAAGUUGCCUAGGAACGGGGAUGUGCAAUAUACUCAUGCAAAUAUAAGCUCGGCGCAGAGAGAGCUUGGGUAUAGGCCCACGACAGAUCUGCAGACGGGUCUGAAGAAGUUUGUUCGGUGGUAUCUCAGUUACUAUGAGUCUGGAAAGAAGACAGCACAGUGAUAUGCUCAUGGAAUUGCUAGGAUGUUUCCACUUGUUCGUUUUGAUUCAUAUGAUUGUUUUAACCUAUCUCUGUUCCUUGCCUGAUUAUCUUGUUUUCCUAUAUCUGUAACGAUGCCAUACAAGAGAGAAUUUGCAUUCCACGAUGAAGAAGUUCUUGUGAUUGUUGGACAUAUUAUUUGCCGGGCAUUCUGAGCUGUAUCUGACGAAAUCCAGGACCAUCUUCUUAAAACACCUGGGAAUGUAAUUGUUGUAGUUUUAUCAUUGUAGAAUUCAUGACUGACAGGAGUAUUUGCCGAUUGGUCAACUUGUAUCAUUUCUGUGGAAUCUCAAUAAAAUAGCUUACGAUAGUUUAGAUC